CUUGACUCACCGGCUCGGUGAACAAAGCCGCUGCUGCUUCAGCUCGUGCAGCCGCUGCCUGUGGACUGUUUUGUCGACUGUUUUGUCUGGUUGUGUUUUUUGUUAAAGAACGGAAACUCUCAUCAUCCUGGAUCUGUUGGAGGCUGAAAACACGGGAGCGACAUGAGAGCGGGCGAACUUCUGAUCAUCAGAAUGGACCUAACUGUCAUUAUGUUGCUCAUCCACCUGACCCACAGCGAGACUCGAGCACUGGUGGCCAGCAGCAGACCAGAAGUAGAGGCCAGGUGCCCGUUGGGUCAGUUCCCAUGUGGGAAUUUGAGUGAGUGUCUCCCCCAGGCUCUGCAGUGCAAUGGACACAAAGACUGUCCUAAUGGAGCAGAUGAGCGGCGCUGUGGGGACAACGUCGGAUGGGCAGACCUGUUUGGACAAACACUACAGAAUGCCAAUCCUGUGGACCAGGACUUUCAGAAAGAGUGCCUGUUGCAGGAGUAUCCAGAGAGCUGUGAUUGCAUCCAGACAGAUGUGGAGUGUGUGGAGGUCAACCUGCAGACUGUUCCACCCCUGUCUCCAAAUGUGACCUGGCUGUCACUGCGGAGCAACGAGAUUCGAGUGCUGUCUGACUUUGAUUUCUCGGAAUUCUCCGCCCUACAGAGACUGUUUCUUCAAAACAACAGCCUCCAGUCAGUAUCCAAACAUGCCUUCAGUGGCCUGUACAAUUUAAAGAGGCUGUUUCUCAGUGAGAACCUGAUAUCUUCCCUCAGUCCUGGUGUCUUCAGAGAUCUGCACCAGUUAGAGUGGCUGAUGUUGGACCAUAAUCCACUCGGAGGUUUGUCCCAGGACACAUUCAUCGGACUCCAGUCUCUCAUGUAUCUAUCCAUGGUGGACACCUCGCUGCUGCAGCUUCCACACCCAAGCUUUUGUCAACACAUGCCCGCGUUGGACUGGCUGGAUCUUGAGGGAAACCAGAUUCAAACUCUCAACUACUCCCUCCUGAAGUCCUGCAGCAAGCUUGGGGUUCUGUUACUGAUGGACAACAGGAUAAGAAGAGUGCCUGAAAACACCUUCCAGUCUCUGUGGAAACUGGCUGAACUGAACCUGUCCAGUAACAGGAUAAGGGAGCUGCCAAAAAACACCUUUAAAAACCUUUCCAAAUCCCUUCUUAAACUAAAUGUCUCCUACAAUCCUCUCCUCCGCAUUCACCCGAGCCACUUCAACCAUCUGACACAUCUUCAGUCUUUGGCGCUAGAAGGAAUAGAAAUCCCGGAUAUUCAGACUAAGAUGUUUCUCCCUAUGGAGAACCUGUCCCACAUAUACUUUACAAAGUUCCAGUACUGCUCGUACGCGCCACACGUCAGGUCCUGUAAGCCCAACACAGACGGUAUAUCUUCCUUUGAGGACCUGCUGGCUAACAUAGUGCUGCGAGUGUCCGUCUGGGUCAUGGCCUUCAUUACGUGCUUUGGCAACCUCUUAGUCAUCGGCAUGAGGUCACUGAUCCGAGCGGAGAACAAUCUGCAUGCUGCCUGCAUCAAGGUCCUGUGCUGUGCAGACUGCCUCAUGGGCGUGUACCUGUUCUUUGUCGGAGUGUUCGAUGUGAAGUUUCGCGGGCAGUACAACCGCAACGCUCUGCUCUGGAUGGAGAGCGUGGAGUGUCGGACCAUCGGAUUCCUCGCCAUGCUCUCGUCAGAGGUGUCUGUUCUCCUCCUGACCUAUCUGACUCUGGAAAAGUUCUUGGUUAUUGUCUUUCCCUUCAGCAACCUACGCCCAGGAAAACUUCAGACGGGGGUGGUGCUGGCCUCUAUCUGGCUACUGGGGUUCAUUAUUGCUGCCGUGCCUCUCAUGAAUGAGGACGUGUUUGGAAACUAUUAUGGACGCAACGGAGUCUGCUUCCCCCUGCACUCUGACAGGCAAGAAAACCCUACUGCCAAAGGAUAUUCCACAGGGAUUUUUCUGGGUCUGAACCUGGUGGCGUUCCUGGUGAUCGUCUUCUCCUACUCCAGCAUGUUCUUCUCCAUCUACAAAACGGGCAUUAACGCCACAGACCUGAGAAGCAGGCUGCACAAAGAUGUGGCCGUGGCCAACAGGUUCUUCUUCAUCGUGUUCUCUGACGCCCUCUGCUGGAUUCCCAUAUUCUUGGUCAAAAUCCUCUCACUGUUGAAGGUGGAGAUACCUGGGACCAUCUCCAGCUGGGUCGUCAUCUUCAUCCUGCCCAUCAACAGUGCCCUGAACCCCAUCCUUUACACGUUGACCACCAGCUUCUUCAGGGAGCAGGUGGAACUCUUACUCUGCCGCUGGCAGAGGAGACACAUCUUGAAAAAGGACCGCAAAAGCCUCACUUCCUCCACAAUCUUCAUGGAGACGGCGCGGCCUCCCUGCUACCAGCAGCCGGGCUACUUCCAGCGGGUGUCGCUCAACGGCGCGGAUCCUCGCUAUGCCUGAGGGAGGCGGGAACUUUCCUGGAAACUAUCGACGCAGGGGCCGUCUUUUGGCUCCUGCGCGACACUUGCACUAGCGAGACAAGGUUGACAAUCCUUGAGCUUUUCUCUUUAUGUUAUGUAAAAAAAAAAAAUGCCAACGAUGAGACACUUUUGUUCAAAGCAGCUUUCCCCUCCCCCCCCUUCCCUCUCAUGUAUUUAUACACAGAGAGCUCUUUAGGAUGUAGUGUUUUUGCAUGAAGACAGGACGAGCCAGGGAUCAAAUCACCAGUCACGCACUCACAGUGGUCGGUCCCUUUGUGCCGCGUAAAAAGCCACUUCCAUGUUGCCGUGCUUCAUCUGUUCUUGGUGAGGGCACUGUGGAAUAACAAAGAAUGGAUGGAAGAGUAAAUACCAGCAUAUUGUGUACACUAAACAUCACAAUGGAGCCCGUAUACGUGAUUUUGAGAUGGAACUGGGAGACAAAGUGAUCUCAGAAACAAGUUUUUUCUACAGAGUGACUGAAGAAUAAAGAAUUUAGAUUUAAGGGUUAUUAAUAUCAGAAGUCGCAGAAUAAGUCUUGGGCUGCGAAAAAAAAAAGUAGCUCUUAGACUGUUAACUUUGAAUUAAAUUAUGCCCUACAAAUGAAAAUGAUACCAGCACUGUAUGCAAAAAUAUGUACAUAUUUGAC